GUCCUGAAAAUUCUGGUCUACUCAGCUGUAGAUUUUGGUCUGUGCAGCUGUAGGUGCUGGUCUGUGCAGCUGUAUGUGCUGCUCUGUGCAGCUGUAGGUGCUGCUCUGUGCAGCUGUAGAUGCUGGUCUGUGCAGCUGUAGAUGCUAUUCUGUGCAGCUGUAGAUGCUGGUCUGUGCAGCUGUAGGUGCUGAUCUGUGCAGCUGUAUGUGCUGGUCUGUGCAGCUGUAGAUGCUGGUCUGUACAGCUGUAUGUGCUGGUUUGUGCAGCUGUAGAUGCUGGUCUGUGCAGCUAGAGAUGCUGAUCUGUGCAGCUGUAUGUGCUGGUUUGUGCAGCUGUAGGUGCUGCUCUGUGCAGCUGUAGAUGCUGGUUUGUGCAGCUAGAGAUGCUGAUCUGUGCAGCUGUAUGUGCUGAUCUGUGCAGCUGUAGGUGCUGCUCUGUGCAGCUGUAUGUGCUGGUUUGUGCAGCUGUAGAUGCUGGUCUGUGCAGCUAGAGAUGCUGAUCUGUGCAGCUGUAUGUGCUGGUUUGUGCGAUAGGCCUAGUGCGCACACUCCCUCACACACACACACAAACACACUAAGCCCUGACACACUAACAAUAUCACACUCUCGGCAUAACAAUAUCACACUCUCAGCGUAACAAUAUCACAUUUCAAGUUAGCAAAAUCACACAUUAUUUUUAGGCUCCAGAGAAACGGCUCAUGGUGUAACAUUUCCAGCAGUCAGCGCAGGAGGGCUGUGUGUAUGCGUACGCCCAUGAGUCAUGUCCACAAAGUCUGACCUGAAGCCUGAUAUUCAGCUCUCUCCACCCCUCAGGCCUGUCCUCCUGAAGCUGAGACACAGUCUGACCCAGCACAGACACAGUCUAACCCAGCACAGACACAGUCUAACCAAGCACAGACAGUCUAAACCAGCUCAGACAUCGUCUAACCCAGCACAGACACGGUCUAACCAAGCACAGACACAGUCUAAACCAGCUCAGACAUUGUCUGACCCAGCACAAAUUCAGUCUAACCCUACACAGACACAGUCUAAACCAGCACAAAUGAAGUCUAACCCAGCACAUCCCAGUCUAUACCAGUGCAGACAAUCUAAACCAGCAGGGACACAAACACAGUAUAACCCAGCACAGACACAAUCUAAACCAGCACAAACACAGUCUAACCCAGCACAGACAAUUCUAUGCGUUUUCUGCCUCCAUUUUGCUGACCUCUCUUUGUCCUCUUGCCCCCCUUACCCUGCUCAUGGACAUGCUCUCCAUGGACACACCCACCCCUGGACACGCCUACCCUUGGAUACACCCUCUAUGGUGAUGUGUGUUGCUGCCAUGACGACAGAAGCCAGCCCAGUUGGGGAGCCUGAGAGCCAGCCUCAGUCAGGCAGGCAGGAGGCGGAGCCUGUGCAGGACCCGCCCCCCCCCGGCCCCCCCGCGGAGCCGGUGCUGAAGCCACGCACGCGCACGUCUGCAGGGCGUGGCCUGUCACGCCUCUUCUCCUCCUUCCUGAAGCGGCGCUCGCAGUGCUCGGACGGGGAGGGCGCGGAGGCGGAGCCUGGCCGAGAGGAGGCGGGGCAGGAGGAGGAGCUGGUCAAAGCCCCCAUCGCUGACCCCGAACCCGAGCUCCGCACCGAGGGCGACCACGCUCUCGACCUGCACUCCCUCAGCAGUGCUGAGACACAGGCAGCUCACGAGGACCAGAAGGAAGACGCUGACACAGCGAAGGAGAAGGAGGCGGAGGAGGAGGGUGGAGCAGCAGGAGAGAAAGAGAAGGAAGAACAGCCCAGUGAGGUGAAGGAGGGAGAAGGAGAGGAGAGCCAGGAGAAGGGGGAGGAGCCAAAACAGGAGGAGCCAAAAGGGGAGGAGCCCAAGGCUGCAGACGAACCCAAAUCCUCCAAAGCUGUUCGUCGCCCUCGCACCAUGCGCUGCCUGGUCACCCUGCUGGACCGCACUCUCUAUGAGUGUGAGCUGGAUAAACACGCCAAGGGCCAGGAGCUCUUCAACAAGGUGUGUGACCACCUGAACCUACUGGAGAGAGACUACUACGGCCUGGCCUCCUGGGACACGCCCAGUCUGAAGACAUGGCUGGACUUCACUAAGGAAAUUCGCAAGCAGGUGCCAGGUUCCAACUACAAUUUCACCUUCAAUGUGAAGUUUUACCCCCCUGAUCCAGCCCAACUCAGCGAAGAUAUCACCAGGUACUACCUGUGUCUGCAGGUGCGGGAGGACAUCCUGAGUGGCCGGCUGCACUGCUCCUUCGCCACCCUGGCGCUGCUGGGCUCUUACGCCCUGCAGUCCGAGCUGGGCGAGUACGACCCCCAUCUCCACGGCAAUGAGUACGCCAGCCAGGUCCAGCUGGCCCCCGGCCAGAGCAAGGAGCUGGAGGAGAAGAUGAUGGAGCUGCACCGCAACUACAGGUCCAUGAGUCCUGCCCAGGCAGAUAUGUUCUUUCUGGAGAACGCCAAGAAGCUGGCCAUGUACGGAGUCGACCUGCACCAGGCCAAGGAUCUGGAGGGAGUGGACAUCAUGCUGGGUGUCUGCUCCAGUGGCCUGAUGGUUUAUAAAGACAAGCUGAGGAUCAACCGCUUUUCAUGGCCCAAAGUCUUGAAGAUCUCCUACAAGAGAAGCAGCUUCUUCAUCAAGAUCCGCCCAUCCGAGGAGCAGUAUGAGAGCACUAUUGGCUUCAAGCUGCCAAAUUACCGAGCGUCUAAGAAGCUGUGGAAGGUGUGUGUGGAGCACCACACCUUCUUCAGACUCACCAGUGUGGAGGCGACGACUCCGCGGAAGUUUCUGGCGCUGGGGUCGAAGUUCCGCUACAGCGGGCGCACGCAGGCCCAGAGCCGCCAGGCCAGCUCCCUGAUCGACCGGCCCGCCCCCCUGUUCCAGCGCUCUGCCAGCAAGAGGGCCUCACACACCCUGGACGGAGGCUCGCUCCAGUCCUCCUCAGGUGCGUCUCUGCCGGCUCCAGAGAUGCCUCCCAGGGAGGAAGAUGAUUGGUUCCUUCUCUUGGAGUCUUUCCAGCCAGAGCCGGGCCCUACGGACUCAGUAAUGGAGGUGGACCGUGCUGCGGUGUAUAAGCGUGUGAGCACCACUGUGCUGGUGGAGCAGGAGGAACAGAAGAGCAUGAGGAUUGUAGAGCGGAUCACACAACAGCAAGAGCAACAAGCUCCCGAGGGGUUGCACAACUCACAAAGAGAGGAAGAAGGUGAUUGGUUUGUGUUACUGGACUGCCCCCCUUCUGAGGCCACCCAACCUCCAUCAGCCCCACCUGUGGGGGUCAUCGCAGGGUACCCCAAACUCCACAUGGCUGCAGUAGAGGUGGAGGAGAAGGAGCCCGUGAUGACAACACAACAAACAAUGCGGCUUCAAGAUGUGCAGUCACAGGAGGAAAGGCUGCUGCCUCAGUGGAGAGAAGAGGAAGAUGAUUGGUUUGUUCUGCUGGACCGUCCCCUGUCCUCGCCCUUCCCCAUACGCCAAGGAUUGUGUGUGUCUGUGUCAGUGACGGAGGUGGACCGUGCUGCGGUGUAUAAGCGUGUGAGCACCACUGUGCUGGUGGAGCAGGAGGAACAGAAGAGCAUGAGGAUUGUAGAACGGAUCACACAACAGCAAGAGUGUCAAUCUCCCGAGGGGUUGCACAACCCUCAGAGAGAAGAUGAUGAUGAUUGGUUUGUGUAUCCACCCCUGGACCACCCCUCUUCUGAGGCCGCCCACCCUCCAUCAGCCCCUCAGCUGCCAAUGCCAGAGGCGUUCAGACCUGCCAUGCUGCAGGUGCAAGAAGAUGAUUGGUUCGUACAGUUUGAACGCCUGCAUCCAAAAGAGACCACCUUCCCAUUGCCAGUGCGGGGGCAGGAUGACUGGUUUGUGCUGCUGGACCACGCCCCCCCAGGCCCCGCCCCCCUCUCAUUCUCGGCAGCAGCUGGGGUAGCUGCAGGUAAAGCUCGGCCGGUCAGUGCUCCGGUCAUCUCCCCUGCUGACCUCGCGUCAGUUGGCCUUGGCCCCGCCCCCUCCACCACACCCCGGGCCCCGCCCAGUGCCCCGCCCAGCCGCCUCACCCCACAGGAGGACAGGAAGGUGGAGGUGAAGCUGGAGCCUGCUCCUGUGGAAGAGGUGGUUAAGGUGGUUCGGAGGGAGAAGAAGGCCGGCCCCGUGGUCACGGCAGCCAAUGGGGAGCGGCCAGCAGAGUCGCCCCCGGCAACCGAGGAGCUGGUGCGCAUGCGGAAGAAAAGAGCUAAGAAAAUUGAGGGUGAAACUAUUUAUAUCAGACAUAGCAAUUUAAUGUUGGAGGACCUGGAUAAGACUCAGGAUGAGGUCAUGCGCCACCACGCCAGUAUCAGUGAGCUCAAGCGCAACUUCAUGGCGUCUGUUCCCGAGCCGCGGCCGAGCGAGUGGGACAAGCGUCUGUCUGCCCAUUCGCCGUUCCGCAGCGCCAGCACCAACGGGGCCCCCCCACCCACCAGCCCUGCCAGUGCGUGUGCUGUGCCUGUAAGGACAGAAAUGUGUACUAAUUUACCCAGAGAGGCACCUGGCAACACCGGUCAGGGGGGUGGAGCCAUAAGCCCCCCCACCCAGGAAGGACUUAAGGGGUUGGAGUCAGGGGAUGAUGGGAAGGAGCAGGAGGAGGGGCUUAGCAGGGAUCAUCCAUGCAAACCAAUGAGCCGCGUGGAGCUGUACCCAAACCGCACCCCUGAGCCUGAAACCCAGGCCCCUGCGAUGCAGCCCCCGCCUGGCCCUGAGGAGGAGCCCUGCCCCCCUGCCGAACACGAGCGCCCCCCCGGGGUGGUCGCGGCCUCCCCUGCCGAGCUCUUCCUGAGCGACGGCCCUUACCUCAUUCGCUGUUUCCAGCCGCCUUUGGUGAAGACUCAAACCGUGACCCUCUCUGAAGCCUCCAACUCCCUCCUCAGCGAAAUCACCACGAAGGAGGUCCCCAUCAUCCACACUGAGACUAAGACCAUCACUUAUGAGUCUGCUCAGCCAUCUGAACCCGUGGCAGACAGUGACCCUGGGGUUCUGCUGAGUGCCCAGACCAUCACUUCUGAAACUGUCAGCAAGACCACAACAACCCAGAUCACCAAGAUGGUUAAAGGUGGACUCUCAGAGACACGCAUUGAGAAGAGGAUUGUCAUCACUGGUGACCCAGAGAUUGACCAUGACCAGGCCCUAGCAGAGGCCAUAAAGGAGGCAAAGGAACAGCACCCAGACAUGUCUGUCACCAAAGUGGUGGUUCACCAGGAGACAGAGAUAACCCCGCCCCCGGAGUGAGCCACACCCACGCACAGGGACAACGAGGGAGCAUCAGGAAUGUGAACAGUCUCCUCUCCUCCCUCCCCCCCCGUCAUCUUUUCACCUGGCGACCCCACCCUGACACGCCCAAACACAGCCCCACCCACCCCAUGGCUCCACCCACCCCUCAGCCCCACCCACCCUUCAGCUCCCCACAGCCCCACCCACCCCCUCAGCUCCCCACGGUCCCACCCACCCCACAGCCCCACCCCCAAAGCCAUAUCCACCUCAUAGGUCUGAAACAGCCAGCAUCUCCCUGUUCCUACCCCUACCCCUGCUUUAUAUCCCACGGUGGGGGAGGGGGGGGGGUCUGUGUUUGGGGAGACUUCUCCCCCCUUUUCUACACAGAAUCCCCAUUUUUCCUCUUCUGGGAUAAAAGUUUAAAUGGGGUUUGUAGUUGUGAUUGACUUUAGAUAAUUGGACUUUAGUGUAGCUUUUUUAAUUUGAGUAGUGGAAAUGAGUGUCACCACACUCAGGGGCCCAAAGCAUCACAAUCUCCCCUCUCACAGUGCUGCUUCAUCAUCAUCAUCAUCAUCAUCCUCAUCCACCUGCUGCCCUGUGGCAGUUCUGACAUGUGAAUGUUUGGUGCUGAAUCCUGUCCUCUGGAUGGCCAGAGAUGAGGCUCAUUGUGUGAGAUGAGUUCAGCCCUGACCCCUGACUUAUGACCCCUGACCUCUUCACUAAUCUUAUUUGUCAUUUUAAUGUCAGACACAACUGCUUUCUGUUCUUUUGCUUUUUUGUCAAUGUAAUUUUGUGAUUUCAGUCAAUUUCAAUGCAGGGUCAAUUGCAGAUUUUUAUUUGGAUUUAUUUAGGAAAUAUUCCUCAAUUAUUCCAUGAAUGAUAUUUAUUUUGGUUUUACUGUUUGUUGAUUAUUAAUGUGAUACUCGGUGGGGGAGAUCAGUGUGCACAUGUAUUUUCACGAAUCUCAGUUUUACUUAGUUUUUUAGCUCCAUCUUAUUUCUGUGUGCUUUCGGACUCUUCAGACUCGGUAGUGAGUUCUUCUCUGAUGUUUUCAUUAGCUGGAAUCAUGACUCCUUUUCGUUUGGAUGCAGGGAUGUCCUGCAGUAGCAACAGGAAUCAUUCCGUCUGAUUCACCACAUGCUGUGUAUUUCUACUUCUCUACCAAAGGGGGCAGUGUGCUCGCAUGCCAGGGACUCCUGAGGCUGUGGAAUCUCAUGAUGCCGUCAGGAUCAUUCGAAUCCCAAACGGCCACAAUAAUUUUCAUUUAUGGAAAAAGUCCCAUUUGAGCUUUUAAAACAGGGCCCAAACAUGAAGAUCAAUUGAUUGCCAACACAUAUUUUGUACUUUCUGGAGAAUUUCUAUUGACAUUGACGAUACAGUUUCUCAUUCAUAUGCAGAACAGUAUUUACUGCUGAAUAUGUUUAUACAUCUGCCUUUUUUAUAGACCCGGAUGUGGCUUUUGAUACCUUUUUAUAAUGUUAAAAGAGGGAGAGGGGAUGACCAAAAUUAGGCCGAACAGCCUCAGGACCUCCUGCCUGUAGUGCAGACCAGCACUGUCCCAACCGCUCAAGCAAGGAGUGUAGUAGAUCUAUUUUUAAACCUUUUCUCUAUUUUAAAACAUUUAUGCUUUUAUAGGAUUCUACAGGGAGACAAAGUGUUUGUUAGAGAUGUGUUGUCUUUUUAAUGUUAGUGUUUUUCUGGCUGGGCCUGCCUGGACAGAGACCACACUUGUGUUAGAUGAAGUUCCCGCUGUUCAGUCACUGACACAGCUGAGCAGUGGAGGAUCCACCGAGUGUUCAAUAAAGACUGAUGUGCUCUCAUGAA